CUCAGACUUUCCUAUCACUCACAUUUUCUCACGUCGCAAUCAGUAAAGAUACACAAAGCCAAAAUGAGUGAAGAUUGAGGAGGGAAUUUCUCAUUUCUCUGCGGAAUUCUUCGGCCAGAUGUUCAGUGUGAAAUUGUAAAUCUAUCGCCAAAAAGCUACUUGCGCUAUCAAGAGAAUCACUCGAGCCACUCGAAGGGUGACAAAUUGUCCGUCGCCGAUAAAAUGCCAUCUCAGCCACUUACUCUGACCUGGCGAAGUGUCUCAGAAGCCCCCGAACGCGGUGGAAACGACGUGAGAAGCGAGUUUAGUGUCUGGCGCGCGGUGGUGAAGUGAGCUUAAUCAGGCGUGCGGCAGGUGGAAAGAGUGCCAAACAUGACACCUGUGAAUUCCCCGAUAAAUACCGUGGAAGCGAUUUUCUGGCUCUUGGCGCUCUCCUACGUCAUCCUGGGUCUGCUCAUCAACGUCCUGCACAGCUUCUUGCCGCCCUUCGUGCGCCGCGUGCUCUUCUAUGGCAAAAUCUCGGGUGACGAGCCGACCAGGGGUGGUCUGGCCGCCCUGCUGCUCGUCCCCAAGGCCUGGUUUCGCCACUUUUAUCUCUUCGCCGCCAUCUGGAGCUCUCUCGUCGUCCUCGUGACUGGCGAAGGACUGGCCAGCGGACGAGUUUCCGCUCGCUUCAUUGGCUUCCUCGACAGCGUUUGCGGAAGUCAGAGAACCGUGCAAACCACCUCCUUGGAGACCUGUGCGGCGCUUAUCUUGAUGUACAUUCACAUCCUCGUGCGGCUCUUCGAGACUCACUUCACUCAAGUGUUCUCCAAGAAGGCAACAAUGAACCUGAUCCAGUAUUUCACAUCCUUCGUCUACUAUUUCGGCGUGAUAGCUCUGCUCCUGUGCCGGGGUCAAGGAUUUGUCUCCGGAAGCAGCAUUGAGCUCCGUUUGCAGGACUUCUCGUGGCGCCUGCUUAUCUGCUUCCUCGUCUUCGCCUUCGCUUCGUACCACCAGUUCCGCUCCCACGGCAUCCUAGCCAAUCUGAGGCGGAACAGAAGUGGCAAGGUGACUUCGGAGGGUCACUUUCUGCCCACUGGGGGCUUCUUCGAGAUGGUCUCGUCGCCGCAUAUGCUCUUCGAGUGCCUCAUUUACCUCGCCAUCUUCGGCAUCGUGUGCAGGAACUCCUCCUGGCUGGCCGUCCUCGCCCUUGUGGCGGCCAAUCAAGUAACAAUGGCUUACGAAACACACCUGUGGUAUUGCAAGAACUUUCCCAACUACCCUCCUCGUCGAGCGGCUCUCAUUCCGUAUCUCCUCUGACCUCACAGUCUGCAGAAACUUCCGUCAACUAUUUCCGAGCAUUUAUGUGGAAUUCACUGUGUUAUGCAUUAAAUAAAUGCUGAAAAUCUUACACAUCUGCUCCAUUCACAA